CGUCGGUGAUCGAUCCUUCGAAAGCUAGCUUCAGCCAGUUCAGGUUGUUGAGGUGUUUUUGUUUUCUAUCUGUGAGAAAGAACACUUGCAAUCAUGGUGGACAAAGUUCCUCAGGGCUUCUUCGUGAAGUCAGCAAGGCUCUACGCCCUGACUCGCUCAUUGCGCUCACUGAUGCGCCAUCGUGAAACUAUUGCUGCUGGUGGCCUCUCAACACUACAGAACUUGAAGGAAACUCUGAAACUGAAGGAACCAACGAGAUUCAACGAUAUGCGUAGAUAUGGUCUGUAUACGGAUGACAUUUGGUCUACUAUUGGUGCACCAAUGGACAGAGAAGCUUUCAACCGGCUGACAGCGAAAGAUAGAUCUGAAAGAGCUUACCGUUGUCACAGAGCCCAGAUCUGUUACCAGAACAAAGCUUUUCUGCCGGUUGAUGCCUGGAUCACUAACGAACAGGACUUGAAGCACCAGCCAGGAAUUGACCGCCUCAUCACCGUUGUGAAAGAGCAAGAAGACAUGGAACUUUUCAGAAACCAGUAAUGCUAUUGUAGAAUCUCAUCACAAACUUAUUUAAUAGAGCUGAUCAUGUACGCCCGCUGUAGUGCCAUUGCUUUUUGAUGAAAAAAUUAAACCGUGUUGUGUCACAUGCAAAGUUGGAAACGUGAGCCUUUACGAGUAGA